AUGCACUGGUCAGAGCAAUCGAAGCCAAAUUGGCUGAUCUGGAGGUACCAAGGGCCUGCCGGCUGGCAGUGGUAUGCCAGCGGCCUAGCGCCCGGACAGUCCGACGAAGCAGUGGACUUGGAAGGCAACUCUGAUGCCCAGAAGGUCCACUUUGUGCAACUGGAGCCCAUCCAGACGAGCCGCCUGCGCAUCUACCCGGUCUCUUGGCCCUACCCUCAGCAGCUGUGGCCGGCUUUGCGGUUGGAGGUCUUUGCGGCGGGCCCAGCCUUUCGGGGCGAAGGCAGCAUGGGAAUCCUUGGCCGGCUUCGUGGCAUUUCCCGGUCCCCGCACGAAUUCGCGAGUGGAAUUGGAGCCAUGGCCUUUGCUGCAAAGGGCGCGCGGGCGAUCCGGGCGUCGCUGCUGGAGCGGUUCUUCGCGCGGUAUGAGUUCCAUUGCAAGUAUCAGGUGAGCUGCUCAGACUGCGAAAGUUGGACCACCCAAGAGGUGCUGGAUCGCGCGGAGGAGAAGCAAAAGGCGCUCUGGCAAAGUGGCUCCCUUCGCCUCUCCUACACCGAGUCUCUCGGGAGCCCUGCAUUGCUGCAGAAGGUGUACCAGAACUACCGCGCCAAAAUCGCUCAGGAGAGGGUGCGCCAGAACGAGGCCAGCGAGCUGCCCGAGCUCUAUGAGGAGCUGUUGGAGUCCCAGCCGCUGCCCAUCACGGCGUGUGUGCCGGUGGAGGGCAUCUUCGCAGUGAUGAGUCAGCUGCUGGAAGAGGAUGAUGUUGUCAUUGUGAUGACCCCUGCGUACCAAGCGCUGUACGAGAUCGCCAGAAGCAGAGGCUGCCAGGUGCUGCCCUGGGCUCCUCGCUACGACGAGCGGGGCUUCUGGGAUUUCCGGGUCUCGGACUUCGAGGCCCUCGUCGAAGGGCUUCGUCAGAAGCAGCGACUAAGCAUGGUGGUGCUGAACUCACCGCAUAACCCCACUGGAGCAGUUCUGGAUCAACAGGACUUCGACACCAUCUCUGAUCUGCUGCAAGGUCUCGACCAGGAGACGGGGCCAGUGCUCUUCUCCGACGAGAUGUACAGCGGCAUAGUAAGGCAGGCUCCCAGCAACGUGGGCAAGAAGAAUUCCAUCGUCCUCUCGGGGCUCUCCAAGCCCUGGGGCAUGCCGGGCCUGCGCAUGGGCUGGCUGCUGGUGGAGAACCCCAGCCACUUCGAGCGGAUCGUCAUGCUGCGGGACUUCACCACGCUGUGCCUGCCCCCACACGCGGAGUUCUUGUCCACGGUGGCCCUGCAGGACCCGGAGUUUUUCCUGGAGCGCAACCGAGAGAUCGCGAGGAGCAAUUAUGAGCUGCUGCAGAAGUUCUUGCUCUCCCUGCCCGACUGGUUCCAUCCACUGAACCAGCACCAGCAGAAGCCCACGGUUGACUGGCGCGCCUCUACAGUUUUUGCUCGCCUCAAGCAUCCGCUGGGCAGCAUAGGUGCCUCCCCACCCGAGUGCCUGCAGUCCACCACUCACCUGGCGGAGUACCUUGCGAGCGAACACCAGGUGUGCAUGAUCGUCAGCGACUUCUUCGAGUUCGAGCACCCCGCGGUGCGCUUCGGCAUUGGGCUCAAGAGCUUCCCGGACUCCUUGGAGCAGUUGGAGCGGGCCUUGAGCUCCAUCAAAGCCAAAGCAGCUUAAGAUGGAGACGAAGCAGCAGCUGCAGCCACUGGGCAGCCACUGGGAAGGGAAGGAUCCAGGAAUCCCGACAGCCUGCGCUUCCUUCCCAACCCCUGGCUCAAGGAGCGGCGAAAGCGACGAAAUGGGCCUUGGGCGCUCUGGCAGAUGCUGGCAGUCAGAGAC